UAGAGAGACGAACUUCUUAGCAAUCCAUGGAUUCACCGUUCGGGUGCCGUGUCCAUCGUGUGGGAGAAAGAGAAACUCUGAGCAGUUCCCGGGACUUGCGAACCAGGUGUAGGUUUAAGGAGGCCCCCUUUGAGAUGCGCAUCAACGCUCACCUUCACUGCUCGAGUUGCCCGCCCUUUCUAGCCGAAUUUGAUAGGAGCCUAUUAGUGCAGCCUUAGUUACUCAUUCCAAAAUUGAACUUACCGCAGUUCUUGGCGGGCUAUUUUAGAAGGUUAUAGAGAGAUUUUGCUAAUAUACCUCUCGCUCCUACUUCUACUGCAUAUUUUAACUGGGUAGCCAUUUUUAGUUAGUUCGUUGAUUAGAUAUUACUAGUUUUAGAUAUACUCUUACUCUUUUGGCGAUAAUAUUCAAAGCUAAAGCAAGUAUCGAACGAAGCGACAUAAUCAAUCUCGUUCACAAAUUUAAAUUGAAAGGGUUUAACUCGAAAGGAGUGAAAAUUACACAAUGGUCUCGAACCUACCAAGAUGGGACCUAAAAGGACUCUUCCCGGACAUAAAGCCGAAAAUAACAUUCUGUCAGCGAAGUCUUCUGGAAAAUAUCAAAGAGGCGUAUGCCGUAGCAAAUAUGGAAGGGAAAAUUAUCGUCUUUGACGAUGAGAAAAACAACAUGGAAAACUUUAUCCAAGAAUACAACGGAACAGAAGUCAAUUACAGACCAGCUGAAUUCGACCAUUCUGAGAUCCCAGCGUGGCUUAUUCUCACCAGUGGAACCACAGGACUACCAAAAGUAGCCAUUAUACCAUACGACAGACUGCUCAGCGGAAUCUGUUGUUGGUGGCAACCUUUUACAGCAGCCUUCGAGACUGCAUUAACAAUGUCAACAUUCCAAUGGCUGUCUUCUUUGCUGUACUUUGUCUCCUCAUCUUUGAGAAAGUACACAAGACUUCAGUGCUCCGUUCCGUUGACGCCUCAGCUGUUGGUGGCUAUUAUCAACAAGUACAGGCCCGAGUGUACUGCGUGGACUCCGCAUCUACUCGGUCAGUUCUUAGCUGGAACUGAGAAAAUUUGUGACAUGUCUUGCUUCAUUUACGUUGCUGUAACUGGAAGCCCAAUGGAAAAACACAUAUUUGACAAAUUCAAAGAAAGAACUAACGCAUUCCUGUAUCUGGUUUAUGGCAUGACAGAGCUGCUAGUUCCUGGUUUUGACUACAGCGAAGAAACACCUUUUGGAUCUGUCGGAAAACCUUAUGAUAGGUAUGAGUACAAGCUAGUGGAUGACCAAGGCAAUGAAGUGGAUAAACCUUUUCAAAGUGGUGAACUGUGGAUGAAAGGAGACGCUUUCUUCAAGGGAUAUUUGGCGAACCCCGAAGAAACCAGAAAAAUGUUGACAGAAGACGGCUGGUUCAAAACAGGAGACUUAUUCCACAGGGACGAAGAUAACAAUUAUUAUUUUGUUGAAAGGAAACGCCUUUUAAUCAAGAGUUCCGGAUAUUGGAUUUCACCUCUUCAACUAGAAAGUGUGAUAAAACAGCACCCUGAUGUCGCCAAUGUUGUAGUCGUCGGAAUACCUGACAAGGAAAGGAUGGAAGUACCAGUUGCGGCUAUAGCCAAACGACCUGGAAGAGAUGUGAAGCCACAAGAGAUAUUUGAUUUAGUCAGGGAAAAAAUGCCAGACCUGCGCCAACUCUACGGAGGAUUGUUUUUCGUUGAAGCCAUCCCCAUGACAGCUUCUGGAAAAGUGCACAGAACAAAGAUAAAGGAAACUACUUUAACAGCGAAACGUAUUUUGCCUACAUUAUAAAAAAAACCUUGUAAGAAAUGCCAAUAAAAUAUUAUAUUCCUUACGCCCGCGCUCUGACACGUCUAAUUAAAUUUAAUGCAUGUCGAAGUGACAUAUUCUCUUAUUCAUCGUGAUAGCAAAAACAUUAAUCAAAUUAAAAAAAUUGACGUCUCUUUGUGUGUGGGCGAAAUUAUGUACAGAUUAUACGCCGCUCAAUCAAUCAACUAGGUGCCUAAAUCAGAAUUUCGCUUAGGUAGCUACAAUAUUAUUGAGUCUCUGUUCCCGUGGGUUACACAAAGGUUAUGUAAAGACAAAGGAUUUGCUACGAAUCUACUUCACCUUUCCACCUUAAUAUUUCAUAUUAAUUUUAUAUUAAUUAUGAUUGAAGUAAGCACAAUUCAAUUGAAGAGCUCGAUGGUGCAGGUGGUUAGCGCGUUCGUGGAACUUAAGCAACUUUCGCAAUGGUCGGUCAUUGGAUGGAAGCUAAAAACUUAUCAUCUCGAACUCCUCCGUGCUUCGGAAGGCACGUUAAGCCGUUAUUCCCGGCUGCAUCUGCAGUCGUAAGCAUGACCCACAAAUCCGCAUAAGGCGUGGUGGGUCACGGUCUCCCCAUUUCAUCUAUAGGGAAGGACUGUGCCUCUGCAGUGCGGACAUUAAUAGGCUAAUGAACAUAAAGUACAAUUCAUUUAACACUAUUAUUUAAAUUAUUAUGGUUAAAAAUAAAUUAUCUGUAAACUAUUUCCUGUGUGGAUCUCUCUGUUGUGUGUACUAGGUUAAGGUAAAUAUUAAGUAGAAUUAUAUUUAAAUUAAGCUUUCGUGUAUAUACAAUUCUAUAUUAGUAUGUUUGAAAAAUAUACUGUUUUAUGCAGUAAAGGACAUCGGUCAACUCCCAUACAUCGUUUUAUUUCAAAUAAAAUUGUUGCGUCUUUCAACAAAUGCUAUAUCAUUAGAUUCUACGUAAUUUAUUGAGCUUAUAUUGAAAGAAAGCCGAGGAAAAAAGAUAUUUUGCUCUGAACAUUUAUUGGUUAUGUUAUUUUGACAUUUUUAUUACGUAUCUCUAUUACAUUUUUUCAUUACAGAAAUUGAUUUUUUGCACAGAAAUCAUAACAAGUAUACCCAUAUCACAGAUAAAUUCAAAAUGUAGUAGAAGCGAAGCCAUUUGAUUUCAUCGAGUGCGAUGGGCGUCUUAUUUUAAUUAUUCUUAAAUUCGUUCACAAUGGAUGUUGUGAAAUAAAGUUGGUGUGAUUUUGUAUCACAAUCGUCUGCGCAGCUGAAGAAUUAGUGGAAUCUUUAAAAUAUACGCUAUUCCGGUCAAGUGGACGUGAGAAUUUUAUUGUAGUGUUGACUACCUCACAGAAGUUUACGUGAAAAGCCAACUCGAUACAUUUCGUGUCAGACACUCCAAGAAACAUUAUAAUGAGAUUCUAAUGUAAAAAAACGAAGAUUUAUAAAACUAAAGACUUGGCUUUAUGGGCAUUGUUCCCAUUGCCUUCCCCAAAAAGGAAGAAUCUUAAAAAAAACAUUCUAACUUGUCGUAUUUGGUAAACAAUCUUGGCACAACUUUUUAACAAAAUCACCAAUUUAAAAAUAAAAUAAUAACAAAGUCA